UGUGUUAUUAAUCAGUAGUGGCAUGUAUAUUUAGUAAAAUAAUGUUCAAUUAAACAAUCUCAUCAUGUUUUUAAUACUUAACAAUGAGUGUAUAAUAUACUUUCAAUACAUAAGAUAUAAAAAACAAUAAUUAUCUGAUCGAUAUAUAUCUUUCAUUGGGUAACUUUGAAUUAGAAACAGCUAAAUAAAUUUUUCUUGUUGUUAGAAAGUAAGUGUAAAGAAAUGGGAGCAGGAAAAAGUCAAUUUACUGAAGAGGAAUUACAAGAUUAUCAGGAUUUAACAUACUUCACAAAAAAAGAAGUUCUAUAUGCACAUCAAAAGUUUAAAGCCCUUGCUCCAGAAAAGGUUGGACACAACAGGAAUGCAAAGCUUCCAAUGUCCAAGAUGUUACAAUAUCCAGAAUUAAGAGUAAAUCCUUUUGGAGAUAGAAUCUGCAAAGUUUUUAGUUCUAGUCAAGAUGGAGAUUGUACAUUUGAAGAUUUUUUAGACAUGAUGUCUGUAUUUAGUGAUGCUGCUCCAAAAGCUGUGAAAGCUGAACAUGCUUUUAGAAUAUUUGAUUUUGAUGGUGAUGAUAUGUUGGGAACUGGAGAUUUAAGAUUGGUAGUUGAUAGAUUAACAGCUCCUCAAAGACUAAGUGAAAUGGAUAUGCAACAACUUCUUCAAUACAUACUUGAUGAAGCUGAUUUGGAUGAUGAUGGUGCUCUUAGUUUUGCAGAAUUUGAACAUAUAAUAGAAAAAAGCAGUGACUUUUCCAAGACAUUUCGUAUACGCUUGUGAAUUAUAAUAGUAAAAUGACCAAAGUAUAGUUAAUGAAAGACUGAAUAUUAAUAAUAAUAACUAAUGCUAUAGCUGCUAUUGGCACUAGGCCUAAAUAAUUUUUUUUUUUCAUGUGAACAUUAGAAAGUAACGUUAAAAGUCCAAAGAUGUGCCAAGUCCAGAUGGUCAGGCCUAAUAAUAACAAUAACACCAAUUGAAUAUUUUUUUUGUUAUUUUUUACAGGAUCUUAUGCACAAAUUAAAUUCUAUUUAUAUAGUAUUCCACAGGAUAAUAUUUCUCAUUAGUAAUAGUAAUAUAAUCUCUUCAAGAUAUGCCAUGAUGUUAAAGAUAUUCUUUACUCUAAAGUUUUAGUCUAAACAGCAGUACAAAAUUUAUACUACAUGCGUAUUUAUAUAGUAUAAACUU